GGGGAGUGAGCGAGAGGAGGGGGGAUGUUACAGGAUAGUACACAACAAAGCACUGCGCGAGAGGACGGGUCAGCCGUGCGCGAGAGAGAGAGAAGCGCUGCGGGAACGAGGUGGAACUUCAUUCUAGCACUUCGAGCGUGUUUUUAAUGUAAAUGUUCAAUAACCUAAAGUUUGGAUAGAGGCUCAGAGCGCUCGACAAUCCGAUAGAGAAGACAGUGGGCAUUCCAGCAGAGCUGUAAACAACAUGUCGUCUCCCAGUCCGGGUAAAAGGAGAAUGGACACCGACGUGGUCAAACUCAUUGAGAGUAAACAUGAAGUCACCAUUCUGAGUGGACUUAAUGAAUUUGUAGUGAAGUUUUAUGGACCACAAGGAACACCGUAUGAGGGAGGUGUAUGGAAGGUGCGGGUAGAUCUUCCAGACAAAUACCCCUUCAAAUCACCAUCUAUAGGAUUCAUGAACAAGAUCUUUCAUCCAAACAUUGACGAAGCGUCUGGGACUGUGUGCUUAGAUGUGAUCAAUCAAACAUGGACUGCUCUCUAUGACCUCACCAAUAUAUUUGAGUCAUUUCUGCCACAGCUCCUUGCAUACCCCAACCCCAUCGACCCCCUGAACGGAGACGCUGCAGCCAUGUACUUACACCGGCCAGAGGAGUACAAGCAGAAAAUCAAAGAAUACAUUCAGAAAUAUGCAACAGAGGAGGCUCUGAAGGAGCAGGAGGAGGGAGCGGGCGACUCUUCAUCAGAAAGCUCCAUGUCGGAUUUCUCAGAAGACGAGGCACAGGACAUGGAGUUGUAGUGAACAUGCACCUCUUCUUUAUUCCAGAGACUAUAAUUUCCUAAACAUGAGACGCAGACUAUAAAACUCAUAUUUAAACAAGACAAUUUUUAUAUUAUUAUUAUUAUUAUGAUUAUGAUUAUUAUUAUUAUUAUUAUUAUUAUUAUUAUUAUUAAAAUCUGAAUUUUUAUGGCUAUACCAUUGAUAAGGAUUACCCUCUUUAUGUGACAUCCCCAGCCCUAAAACACACACACACACACACACACACACACACACCCUAACCUGAGCUGUCUAGUCCUCCCCCUCGGUCCUGUAGGUACAGUAGUGUCAGUGUGCUACAGAGAGAGCUGGUCAUUGGUCAGGGAGGAUGUUUGUGUCUCAGUUCUGUAGCCUACAGCACAAUCUCUGACACUGAGCACAACCGCUAGAUGGACUGUGGCCUGUGUGCUGACCCCACUUUGUGCUGAUUGGACACUCCAAAUGACCUCACCAUUCAGAGACUGGACUAAGAGAGAACUAGAGUUCUCUCUCUCUCUUCUAACCCCCCCCCUCUCUCUCUCACACACACGGUGGGAGGGGUUGUGUGUUUAUUCAUCCCCCAUAUAAAAACCCCUCCUCUAAAUUUACAAUCCACAGUCUGAUCUACAGAAGCGGCGUCUCUUCACUAGGUCAGUGUGAUUGGACGUGUUCGCUUGGCAUGUUGUUCUCUUUUCUCUUUUCAUUUGUUCCUCCACUUGCUCUUUGUUUUGUUGUUCAUUUCAGUCAUUCAUUGGGAUUAAAGAAACAAUUGCACCUUGAAGCUCUUUAUUUUUAUUUUUCCUCCAUUUUGAUUGAGUUUGUGGUAAUUAAGACACGACCCCCAUUAGCCACUUCAACCAUGCCGUGUGGGUCCAGGCUGUGCGGUCAGAGAGCUCGGACUGCCCCAUCCUGAAGGAAGGAAGCUAGAGCAGUGACUUAAACACGUAAAUACUCAGCCCUUAUCACCAUAUUGCCAAAAGUAAAAUAAAGUGGUCUUCUCUUCCUUCUGAUGUGCUGGUUUCCAGUUCCAGAGGGCGCUCAGAGCCCAGUGUGUGGACCGGCUUCUGAUUAAACAGGAGCUGGUCCCUUUGUAGAGAAUGAACUAGCCCUAACCAGAAGCUGUGUACAGCUCACGAGUGUGUAAUAUCUUCUUUAUAACAGAGUGGAGUAAGUCUGAUUUGACUACACUUAAAAAAAACAGUGUAUAGAUGCUAGCUUACAGGAUGGUCUUUUCUUCUUAUUUUUAAAAUAAUAAUAAUAGAUAUGUUACAGAUCAGCUAGGAUGUACAUUUAAGCCCCUCCCUGUAGAGAGAAUCUCCUAAUCAGACACGAGGUCUCCCUCAGAUACCACCCCCCCUCCCCUCCCCUCCCCUCACUCCCUGACCCACCUUCACUUCAUCCACUACCACAGCAGGCAGGAAGGUGCUGGACAGGAGGAAGCCCACGCCUGUUAGAACAUCAUGUACAGUGUGUUUCACCUGCAGGAGUAAAGAAUGUGUGUAAAGGAGAGGAGAGAGACUUUAGAGCUCCUUCAUGGACGUUUCUCUGGAGAAGGUCUAUCAUCAGCCCACUUCUGUAAGGAAUCACUCCUCUCUCUUUUAGUUUUGUUUCUUUUUAAAGACGAGGACGUUUUGUUCUCUCCUCAGCGCAGUAUUGCAUUGUCUUGAAGAUGCUGAGGUGAUGCAUCUCUGUAGGUUUUGUUUUACUCAGAGCUCGGCUUAGAUCUGCUGCUUUGGUUUCACACUUGUUGCAUGGUUUUUUUUUUGUGGCUGUGUGUGUGUGUGUGUGUGUGCCUUUCUGAUUUAGACACAGUUAAACGAUGACAGGGUUUUUGUUUUGUUUUUUUAGCGUGGAGAAGCUAACACCUUGAGAUGUUUGUGUGCUUCCAGCGUUGGUCUAAUUACUCAGAACUUUCAGUGAUUAUUAUUGAUGUAUAUUUUGUCUAGUUGAUGAAACGCUCGUCUGUCGCAAGGCUGCAGGAAUCCACACACACACACACACACACCUUCGUUUGUGGAAGGCAUGUGCACGCACACCUUUAUUUAGUUGGGCGUAAAGAGCGAGUGCCACGUGGUUUCAUCAGUGCAGCACAGUCGAAUAAAGCUUCCCCCCUCCCCUGAAUUUUAAUUUAGAUAUUUUCCUCCCUGAACUCGUAGCACGUGCAGAGGUCAGGAAGUCCACCGGUCCAGUGGCGUGCGUCUAAACCUAGCUCUUCAUCUUCAGCCUGUAAUCAAUUGGUGAAUGUCUGUCUGAAGCAUUGCCCGAUAUUUCAGAUUGAAACACGAGAUCUGUGUGAUUAUUUUUUCAUUUCUAUCCAAUCCUGUGCGCCUGCUUUUUUCAGUUCAGCCCACUGUCCACUUAGUCUCUACGUCCAUGUCAGAUAUUCUUUACUGCCUGUUUUUAAUGAAUGCAAUCAAUGUAUUAAAGUAAUUCUCAGCUUUUCAUUUCUAACCCUUUUUAUUAUUAUUAUUCUUAUUCUUCUUAUUAUUAUUAUUUUCUUUUUCUUAGCAUUGUCAAGUGGGCAUGCCUGUCAUAGAGUGUUCCUUAUCUAUAGAACGAUAACGUCCUAAAAGGCUGUGUACAAUAAACUGUAAUAACCUUUUGUAAUAAAAUAUUAAAUACA